GCAGAAGAAGAGUUUCAUGAGCGCGUUCGCAGUGAUGAUUGACAGCUGUCAGUGGCGAGACGCAGAGUUGAAGCAGCAGUGGCGGUACGCGAAAAAGAUCGAUAAUUUCACGCGUUCAGACGACGCACUAGAUGACGUGGCGGAGUAAUCGCGGAAGCGCUUGUCCGGUUUUCCUUUUAGAGAAAGCGCGUCUCUCGCGGAGCUCCAGGAGGAGAGAAAGUGGGAGUGAAGCGGGUUGGAGGCGCUCAGGUUCAGCAUCACUUCUCAAAGUUUCGCGCAGCAGACUCUGUUUGUUUAUCUUCCCGCGGGAACGUGUGUAUGAGCGCCGGGUCGGACUCACUCUCACACUGACCGUCGCUCCAGCGCUCCGCUGCCGUUAUACGGAUCGUUUUCUCCGGUUUAUAGGAUGCUAUCCAGCCAGACCGGAGCGGCUCUGACUGGAACCGGAUCAGCGGCAGGGAAGAGCGCAGGCCACGGCGCGGUGGUGAUCGGCGCCGGGGUUCGGACGGGACUCGUCCGCUCCGCUCCAGCGGGGAUGCUCGGGGGUAACGGAGCCGCCGCCAGAGGAGGCGUCCGGCCGGUGAACGCGAGCGGACUGGGGCCGCUGCAAGCCGGAGGGAUGGUGGGAGGUUUGAGAUUCGAGCCGGAUAAACAGGGACCCCCACAUGUGUGCAGCGGCUCUGACGCGGACUCCGACUCGGCCGAUGAGGACGAGCACAUGGGGUCAGUUGGGGACGGCCGGAGGGGAAGCGGCGUCAAGCGGGAGAGGGCAGAGAUGGAGGCGGCGAUGGUCGCGCAGGAGGCCGGCUUGUCCUCAGGGGGGUUCGGGGUGCUCGCGGGUGGAGUGGCCGGAGCGAAACCGGGCAAGAAGACCCGGGGGAGAGUCAAGAUAAAGAUGGAGUUUAUAGACAACAAACUGCGGCGGUACACGACCUUCAGCAAGCGGAAGACUGGCAUCAUGAAGAAGGCGUACGAGCUCUCCACACUCACGGGAACUCAAGUCCUGCUGUUAGUGGCCAGCGAGACGGGUCACGUCUACACGUUCGCCACACGUAAGCUGCAGCCCAUGAUCACCAGCGAGACGGGUAAAGCGCUGAUCCAAACCUGCCUGAACUCUCCAGACUCUCCACCUCGAUCCGACCCGUCCACGGACCAGAGGAUGAGCGCCACGGGCUUCGAGGAGACCGACCUCACCUACCAGGUGUCCGAGUCCGAGAGUCUUGGAGAAACCAAGGACGCUCUGAAACCGGCCUUCACCGUGGCCAGUCUGCCGGGCAGCACCGGCGCGCCGACCACCGUCCCCACCACCUCCACCAGCAUGCAGGUCAGCAGCGGCCCGUCCUUCCCCAUCACAAACUAUCUGGCUCCCGUCUCGGCCAGCGGGAACGCCAACGGCACGGUGCUGAAGAGCGCAGGAGCCUCUGGAGGAGUCAUGCAGCUGCCCAGUGGAUUCACCUUCAUGUCAGGCUCUCCGUUUGCUCCCGGGACUUCCACGAUUCCUCUGGGUCAGCUGCAGCAGCAUUCGUCCAGCGCCACACAAGCGCAGCAGGGACAGCAGGCCGUGUUCCGCCUGCCCGCCACCGUCUCGCUCACGGGCGGUGCGAUGCCCCAGCAGCUCCAGACCAUCCAGGUCCAGUCCAGCACCACUGACAGCAGUCCAGAGAUGUCUCAGACCAGCACUGCAUCCACAGCCACAGUCAGUCUCCCAGCAACCAUCGUUACAACGUCAGUGCCCACCUCCAUGCCGGGUCACAUGAUGUAUCCCAGCCCACACACAGUCAUGUACGCAUCGGCCCCCACGCUGACAGAUGGGGGUCUGGCUGUGCUCAACGCCUUCUCACAGGGUCCGUCUGCAAUGCAGGUGUCACACGCGCAGACUCAGGACACGGGUGAGGCAUUCUGGACCGGCUUAAACAUGUUUGGGGGACAAAUUUAUAAGCAGAUGGGAGGUGGCGUUCCUCAGGUGUUCCUCACAGCUCCUCCUGGAACGGUUCAGAUUCCCGUCUCAGCGGUGCAGCUUCACCCAGUACGGCAAGAUCAACAUUUCACAAAUGGUGAUUGGACAGCAGUCCAGCGGCAGCAGCAAUAGCCUGACGGAGCUUCAGGUUGUCAAUAUGGACGCCUCACAGAACGCCAAAAGCGAUUGACUUUACAAGGACACCAGAGACUGACGUCGCUAUUUAUUAACGCCUUUCUGAGAUUGACCUUUAUACAGUUUGUCACUGGUAUGUGUGUGAUUGUACAGGACGAUCAGUCCCUCCGCAGCACAAUGAAUGAGAUGAAGCUAGACGUGAGCGAGCCUGAGUUUGAGCGAGCCUGAGUUUCAGCGAGUCUGAGCGAGCAAGUGUAAGUCAGAGCGCGUAAGAGUGUGAGUCUGAGUGAGUCUGAGUGAGUCUGAGUGAGUCUGAGUGAGUCUGAGUGAGUCUGAGCGAGCGAGUGUAAGUCUGAGCACGUAAGAGUGUGAGUCUGAGUGAGUCUGAGUCUGAGUGAGUCUGAGUCUGAGUGAGUCUGAGAUUGAGUGAGUCUGAGAUUGAGUGAGUCUGAGAUUGAGUGAGUCUGAGAUUGAGUGAGUCUGAGAUUGAGUGAGUCUGAGAUUGAGUGAGUCUGAGAUUGAGUGAGUCUGAGAUUGAGUGAGUCUGAGAUUGAGUGAGUCUGAGCGCAUAACAGAGCGAGUCUGAGCGAGUCUGAGCGAGCCUGAGAUUGAGUGAGCCUGAGCGAGCGAGUGUAAGUCUGAGCACGUAAGAGUGUGAGUCUGAGAUUGAGUGAGUCUGAGAUUGAGUGAGUCUGAGAUUGAGUGAGUCUGAGAUUGAGUGAGUCUGAGCGCAUAACAGAGCGAGUCUGAGCGAGUCUGAGCGAGUCUGAGCGAGUCUGAGCGAGUCUGAGCGAGCCUGAGAUUGAGUGAGCCUGAGCGAGCGAGUGUAAGUCUGAGCACGUAAGAGUGUGAGUCUGAGAUUGAGUGAGUCUGAGAUUGAGUGAGUCUGAGAUUGAGUGAGUCUGAGAUUGAGUGAGUCUGAGCGCAUAACAGAGCGAGUCUGAGCGAGUCUGAGCGAGUCUGAGCGAGCCUGAGAUUGAGUGAGCCUGAGCGAGCGAGUGUAAGUCUGAGCACAUAAGAGUGUGAGUCUGAGAUUGAGUGAGUCUGAGAUUGAGUGAGUCUGAGCGAGCCUGAGUUGAGCGAGCCUGAGUUGAGCGAGCCUGAGUCUGGUAGAGUGUGUCAUUGUUAGUGUGUGUGUAAGUGAGAGAGUGUGUGAAUGCGUGUGUGAAUGCGCGUGUGUGUGUGUGUGUGUGUGUGUGUGUGUGUGAUUACAGGACUACCCAGAAAAUAUGCUCUAAGUACGUUUUACUAAUGUUUCCAUUAAGUUAUAAAAACAUUAUUUCUGAGUGUUCAAAAUAUCCAGUUUUUUUUGUUUUUUUUUAAAUGUAAGAACGUUUUCCUUGGUAGUAGUUACAUUUAAAAAUCGUUAGACGAAUAUCCAACUAAAACAUUUCAGGGAAAAAAAGAUCCAUGAACAAUGUAUAAAUAAUUUUAACUUUGAACGAAUGUUCUAUUUAUAUUAUUGGAAAGACGUUUGUUCAUUACUUUAAGAGAACCUUGCCAGAACGUUUCCUGUUAGCUGGGUGUGUGUGAAUGCAGGUGAAAUUUAUGUUGCGAUCAGCUCAGCUCUUCACGUCUGACAAACACUGGCUUCUGUGAGAGUAAGUGCUUUUGUAUGUGAGUCGUGUGUGAGGGAUGUUGGGUAAAACUUUCUCAACGCAUUUGGCCUUUGUGAAAAGACAAGACAUUUGGAAUUGUACAUAGCCUGUUUUUUUAAUAUUUGAGAUUUGUUUUGCCUGUUUGUGUGAUGGCAUGCAGUUGUUUUUAUAGAUAUUUUGUAUACAUUGUAACUGUUUUGCUUAUGAAAUCAGAUAUUUGACUCACCAUGUAAAUUAAUGUAAUAUAAACAUAUUAUAUUGAUUUAUACACAGUGUUAUGAGAAAUACAAGAUGUAGGAUCAAACUCUUUUUCUCUCUUUUGUAACAUGAUUGUGCCAAAUAGCCUCUAGAAAUACAAAUUAAAAGAGAGAGAAAGAGGUUUGAAAAGAGUUUUCUCCCUCCCUUCUUUCUGAAUGCUUUAAACUCAUACUAAAGCCUGUGGUAACAAACACAGGGCUCUGAGAAACGCCUCAAACUGAGAUCAGUGUAAUGGUCAUGUGGCGUAAGUGCCGUCAAUCAAACUUAUUAUUGCUGUCAUAUAGAGUAUAUCUUGAAUCACUCUCUUCUGUCUCCCGGCUAACGAAAAUAUGUUCUAAGAACGUUUUGAUAAUGUUUUUCUUUAGUUAUUUGAACAUUAAGGGAACAUUCCAUUCUGCAAACAUUAAGGGAAUGUUACUUUUGAAUGUUCUCCAAAUGUUCUGAAAUGAGU